AUCUUACAUUUCACUUUUGGGUUCUUUAGCUUUUGAAGCCUAUUGCAUUAGGAUGUUUGUUUUUGUUAGUUUGUUUAUUUCAUUGCCAAUAGUGGCUUUCUGUGGUACCGGUUCUGUAUGGGAAUACAACGGAAUCCAUGGUCCCGCCCACUGGCAUGAAGAGUAUCCGGACUGUGCUGGAGUGAUGCAAUCACCUGUUGCUAUCGAAUCAAAGAAAGCAACAUUUGACAUUAGCCUGCUUCAGUUUGGAUUUAAAGGAUUUUCAGAACUAGUGCAUACAAACAUGACAAUGAAAAACAAUGGACACACUGUCCAAGUUGACAUUGUUGAUACGUCAUUGAGAACACACGGUGGUGGCGUGACUGGUGGAUACAAACCGGUACAGUUCCAUUUCCAUUGGGGAGCAGACAAUACCAAAGGCUCGGAACACGUGAUUGACGACCACCAUUACCCAAUGGAGAUGCAUAUAGUCCACUACUCAGAUAGAUUCCAAAAGAUAGAAGAUGCUAUUGAUAAACCAGAUGGCCUUUUGGUAUUGGGAUUUUUCUUUGAGGUUGGACGACAUAACAUACACUUUGAAGAAGUAUUUAACUACCUCGAAAACGUGGCACAUAAAGGUGACACUACAGAAAUCCCCCCAGUAAUUAUGGAGCGACUGGUACCAAUAGAUUUAGUACACUAUUAUCGAUACAGAGGAAGUCUAACUACACCUCCGUGCUACGAAAGUGUUGUUUGGACUGUCUUUACACAACCAAUCACAAUUUCUAGUAGUCAGAUGAGUGAUUUUAGAAACAAAAUAAAGAAGACAACGGUAAACGCUACUCACGAAGAAAACCUAGUUGAUGAUUUUAGGCCUCUUCAACAACUGAACGGAAGAAACGUGUAUUCGAGUUUUGUUACUCAGAAUCCGUCCACUCAAGCUCCACAAACAGUUCAACCAAUCAACGUUGUCUGUCAGCACUCACAUGACAACACAAACAAUGCUAUCAGUACACAUUUAUCUCUAUUUGUAAUUUUUAUAAGUAUAUUGACCAGUGGUUUUACGUGUGGUCACUAGAUGUUAAUUUUAUAUAAAACAAACUUUUAUACAACGAAAUCCCAUAAAUUAUUUACAUCUUUUGAUAUUGAAUAUGUUCUUUUUAACUAAACAAGCAUAAUAUUUGUGACGUUUAUUUUAAUUUGUUGCUUUUAACAAAAAGAGAUAAGAUGAAGCCAUUGUAAAGAAACCAGACUGUGAUACUGUAUUAUUUAAGCUUCCAUUUUUACUUUUUUACUCUAAGUAUUACUCUUGCUUUGUUUAUUAUAGGACUAUUUCUACAUGAUGACCAUGCAUAUUAAGUGCUAAGAUGAGGUGGGAAAUACAAAAAAAAACUCACCAUAUUUUCGUCAAAAAAAAUUAUAUUCAUGUUUUUAAAUAUUGUUUUUGAAUUUUGAAACUUGCCCUCAGCUAAUUUACUUUCACUCAUUAUUCACACAUACACAUUUUUAUAAGUAAAUGUAGACUGUAUACCAAGAAAUCAUGCAUAUAUAGAGAAAAAGAUAAGGAACCAAUAGUUGACAUUAGUAAUUGAAAUAUUCGUUUUGGUGCAAAUUCCAUGUACAUUUGUACAUGCAGAGCUACAGUUGAUAAAAAUCAAAUUAACUUUGUUUAGAGGAUGCAAUGUAUUUUGUCACGUCUAUAUUUUUAAUAAAAAUAUUUUCUUA